GUCCAUUAUUUCCGUGUUGUAAUAUUACAAGCUUAAGACAGAGCCCGUCAAUUAAAGAUGCUUUGCUUUGGACAACAAAUGCGAUUGAAGCAAGGACACGUCAUUUCCGUUUUGUAAUUUUGGUUACUAUGGAUACCCGACGUUUAUUUACAAGUCCACACUCCUGUAAAAAAAAAAAACUUUAUAUGGAAGAGGUGCCAUGGCGUCCACUCAGCUUAUAGAAGUUGUUGGUCUUAUGAAAGAACAUAAUUUUCAAUUCGCGAAGGGCAUUGCUGAGGGACUAAAACAGAAGUUUCCAUCAUCGUUCGCAGAUCUGACAGUUCAUCCGCUACUGGAAUGCGAUUGGCAUAGAUAUCUAGACAACAAGAAAAUGGAGCUAAGAGGGGAGGUAUGGCAGUUCAACGCCCCGCUAAUGGUUUACCUCAACGGACGGUUAAUUGGAGACGAAAAGGAAUUAGCUCGAUGGGCAGUCGAGGUCUGGGGGUUCACCCUUCACCGGCCCCACGCGCUGAACCUGGCCCUUGCUGAAGAAUACUACACCAACCACCUGCGCGAGACAGGGCAUGUGUUUGUGUACAUGGAUGUAGAGAUCAGAGGACAGGUUGCUGGGCGACUACUGUUUGAGCUGUUUUGUGAUGUCUGUCCAAAAACAUGUGCAAACUUCCGAGCUCUGUGCACAGGAGAGAAGGGUCUAUCUGACAGUGAUCUGAUGCUCUCCUACAAAAGCUCCUUAUUUCACAGAGUUGUACCUAAUGGGUGGAUCCAGGGAGGAGAUAUCAACCCUGCUGGCAAAGGCAAUGGUGGAGAUUCGAUUUAUGGCCCAACAUUUGAAGAUGAGAGUUUUGCUGUGCCACACGCCAAAAGAGGCAUUCUGGGAAUGGCCAACCAGGGUCCCCACAGCAACGGAUCACAGUUUUACAUCACCCUGCAGCCGGCACUGUGGAUGGAUAGGAAAUAUGUGGCCUUUGGGCAACUGGUUGAGGGCUCUGAUGUACUCAAAAGGCUGGAGGACGUGCCCACCCAGAAUGAGAGACCCAAAGUGGACUGUAGAGUGGUGGCUUGUGGAGAGCUCCAGCUGUGACCUGUAACACACACACACACACUGUGCUUGGUCUCAAAAAAGCAGAACAUCAUGGAGCUAUAUUUGUCAGUACACUUUCACUCGUUUUCAUGUUUUUUUUUUUUUUUUUUUAAAGCUCACUUAAACCUCCUUACUUUAAAGCGUUUUGGAUUAUGAUAAUAAAAAAACAAAAAAAUGUAGUGUGUAGAGACUUAAACCUCCUUACUUUAAAGAGUUCACACAUUAAGAUAAUAAAAAUCUACAAAAUGUU